GCAGGGGGGUUACAGUGUGGAUUGUGGUCCUACAGAUAAAAAGUUCGCAGGGGAUAUUCUAGCGCACAGGAGGAAAAGUCGUUGAGAACAUGGCAAACAAACCACAGCAGCCUCCUCACCUUCAUCUGGCGGAAUUGAGCGCCACCCAGUUCAUCGACAUCUGGAACCAUUUCGAUACGGACGGCAAUGGCUACAUUGAGGGCAAGGAACUGGAGAACUUCUUCAGGGAGUUGGAGAUUGCACGGAGAGGGGCCGGAGUGGACCCAUCAAACUCCACUUUCAGAGAGAAGAUGAAGGAGUUUAUGCAGAAGUUUGACAAGAACGCAGAUGGGAGAAUUGAGAUGUCAGAGCUGGCUCAGAUUUUGCCCACGGAGGAGAACUUCCUGCUUUGCUUCAGAGAGUUUGUUGGAUCCAGUUCUGAGUUCAUGGCGGCUUGGCGACGAUACGAUACAGAUCGCAGUGGGUACAUUGAAGCCAAUGAACUGAAGGGAUUCCUCUCAGACCUGCUGAAGAAAGCCAACAGACACUACGAUGACCAGAAGCUUCAUGAGUACACACAGACAAUACUCAAGAUGUUUGAUCUAAACGGAGAUGGGAAGCUGGGCCUGUCAGAAAUGGCGAGGCUUCUCCCAGUUAAGGAAAAUUUCUUACUGAAGUUCCAGGGUAUCAAACUGACCUCUGAGCAGUUCAAUGCUAUCUUUGCAUUCUACGACAAGGAUGGAAAUGGCUACAUUGAUGAGCAGGAGCUCGAUGCUCUGUUGCGUGACCUCUAUGAAAAGAACAAAAAGGAGGUGGACACCAAAAACCUGAUUGACUACAAGAAGAGCAUCAUGGCCCUGUCGGACGGGGGCAAGCUGUACCGCUCCGAGCUGGAGAUUGUGCUCUGCAGGGAGCCCAUGCUGUGAACCCUGACAACCAUUGCUGUCUGUUUUUUGACCUCCAUGACCUUAUCUGCCCAUCCCCAGAUCACACCCACCUCCAGCUGCUUGACGACUGUAACCUGGUGCAUGUGCCGGUCACUCCCUUCAUGAGUUUUGAAUGAAUGUGCAACUGAGAAGCACAAACCAGCUCUCCCUCAGAACCCCUGUCCCCACUCGUCCCUGCAGACUGACCCAGCUAUUACGUUGCCCCUCAAAUUCUACAUUUAACAAAAUGAAUAAAGAUGAUAAAGGUACUUCUGAUAAUUAUGAUUGCAAUGUGAACAGGAGAGGAAUGAAAAUGAAUAUAAUAGGAUUAUUUAUUCUGAAUGCUUGGUUUGACUUUUCUCCUCUCUUUUUUCUCUGUUUGAUCUGGUGUUUCAUCGUUAAAUUAUUAUCCUGUUACAUUUAGAUUUUUGAUGUUGGGUUUUCUGGCUGAUACUGUUAUAAUGAGGAUAUUAUCGAAAGCAUUAAUUAAAGAUAUCUUACGAUUAA